UUCUAGAAAGAGGAGGACCGAGCUCACCUGGACGAAUAAAAUAAAGAGAGAGGGUUCCGCCGCAGGUGCGCGGGGAGGAGGUCCACCACUUGUUCCUCAACCGAUCCAUCCCCCCCUCUCGUGCCGCGGGCGGCGCCACUUGUUUCUUCGCGUCUUUUAGCCUCUAGCCAUAUUCUCGAGGGCGCCCGCGCUACGAACGUGUCCUGAGGACCGUCACCGUCAGCGUCAUAGCCACCGGCAUCACCGGUACCGCCGUCGCCAUCGCUACCGUAGCCCAUCGCCCUCGUCGACGAAGUCUCCCGUUGCCGUCGCCGUCGCCGUCCACAUCGCCGAUCGCCGAUCGCCCUCGUCUCUGCACGUACCCCGACCGACGAAUCGCCAUCGGCAACGUACCGCUAUCGAAGCCCGCGUGCGCCGACCCCGUGGGGAUUUCCCGGGACUUUUCCGAAACCCCCCCACCCGUGACCACGUGGUUGCGAGACGGCCGCAGGUGACCGGAAGUUCCAUCGAAGUUCAGUGAUAUUUUUGUUGCCGAUUACAUGAGCCACAUCGAUUUUUAUACAUUCGGUUCCGAAGUGUUACUACGACGUUACGACGUUUCCAAUCCAUUGCCGCAGUAUUGUUCUGCCAUUUUUUAAAUUUUCUUUUACGUCGAUUCGUCGAUUUUUUUCAAAGUGGCCAACCGAAUCUGCGGAUGACAAUUUCUCAUGGUUUCAGUUGGUGAUUACGAGACACGACCACGUCCAGUUUCUGUUUUCUACAUUACAGUGCGAUCGUAGAACGAAGGUUUGACGUAUUCGUUGUAGCCGAUGUAUGUCAACAAAUGACGUGUGUAUAAAGGAUCGUAUGUGUCAUCGGAUAAUCGGUACGGCAAGUAGUACCCCAGACACACCGCUGUAUUGGAUAAUUAAAUGGAAACUCGAAGCAGCUAUGCAACUCAGUCGGUGGUUGGAGUUUGAGUAAGCGGACCCCUCGUUACUCUCCAGCUGCUGCACUAGGAUAACAGAGUUACGCCGUUGGAAUCGAUUGAUGAUCAUUGUUUUUUUUUGUUCGUUCGUUUUUUUCUCCUUCUUUUUUUUCCCUGCGAUCGUGAUUUCCUCUAUCCACGCGGAUCUGCAUCGCGUCAAGGUUUCAUACCUUUAAUGACAUUUCGAUUAUUAAUUAUCGCACCGUGACCUUUGCACGCCUCCAUUGCCAGUCGCCACGAUAUGUAGAAUGAACGAAGCUAUACUUCUGAAUUUAUUCCGUUCCUAAAAUUUUAUCAUCGCGAUACGAUGGAAAAUUUCGUCCGCAUCCCAAGUUUUUGUUCGAUCGACGUGACGUCUGGUCGUGAAUAAAUUUACGAGCCGCUGCAAUCGACGAAACUAAAACGCAUAAUCACGUUGAAAUAAAACAGAUUAAAACAAACAAUCACCGAUUCGCCGAUCGAUCGAUACGGUCUCUGGAACACGUUUGUAAUUAACGGAUAAAACCACACCGCCGGACUUUACUUGCGAUACCGCGUACGUGUAUAGAACUUUACGCGUAUUGCGUUUUACUUGUGUGCGUGAAUACCGGGUACAGCAUAAAGAGCGAGAAAUUUAAUAGAGACAAUUUAGCUGCACAGUGAAAUCGGUCCAGAUCAACGUUGAGAACACAGUAGCCGGAUAGUCCUCGAUAUGUAUAUAUCUUUCGUGCAACGGGGGGGCACGUGACUCGGACAGGUUUACUCGCCUUCGAUAUUGGUCACACCGGUGGUGGCUACACCGCCUCUACCUACCUACCAACCUACCUACCUUACCCUGCUUCUGCAAUAAUACGUGUAUAUUUAUACACCUAUACUGUGGUCUAUGCCAAAUAACGCGCAAAGAUAUGAAACAAACAAAAAAAAUGUUGAAUCAAGAAAAUCAAGAACAACAUUUUAAUCGUGCUGACUAGCGUAAUAUCCGGAGAACGGGGAGGAAGAGGUCAGCGGAUGGGGUGGGGGGUAGGAGGUGAAUUCGACAUUGAAAAUUGAGAUACCGAGAGUUGGGGAUAAUCGGAGAAAAGGAGAACGAAUAUCUGAGAGAAAUAAAUAUGAUACUAUACGAGGCGUCUAAUUACCGGUUUUAUCUAUUGAACGUUUAUGGUCCAUAUUUAUUCGGGACUGUCGUAUAGUGUUUCGAAAAAAACGAAAAAGUUAAAAACUCCGAAAGACAUUGAAAAAGUGUUCAAUCUUUUAUAUCGAGGAAGAACGGAAAGAUUGUUCGUCGUAGAAAAAUUCGACGUUCGUAUAACCGGCAAAAUUCGACUACCGCGAGGAGAUUUGCGACUCGCUGCGAUGUCCAGCCUUGAAGGGGGUGGCGAUGCCGAUAACGGUACGACCACUUCCCCCCUCGAAGAAGUCGCAUCGCCUACGAGUGUUGAAUCGGAAUUAAUGGUGACUGACAUGCUCGAUGAUCAUGACUCGAGACUCAAUGAUUCUCGCGACGUAAAAAGGAAACGGGAUACGGACGGCGACGAGCUAAGUCCGAGAAAACUACCCUCGUUGACGAGCAACAACAACGACGUCGCGUUCGUACUCGGUGAUAACACGGAGGACGGAUUGCAAAACGACGGUGGAGAUGACGACCGGCUGACGGGACAUGGAGGAAUUUCAUCCCUCAGCGGUGGUAAUUCGUCGCCUUACUCCGGGGCGCAUCACCACGGUCACAGGGGUAACGGCAACGGGGGCGGCAUGCCGCAUCACGGUGGCGCGUCGCUUCCGACCGCCUCGGAUUUCCAACCGCCGUAUUUUCCUCCACCUUUUCCUUCGCACCAUCACGCUCCCGCCAGCCCCCAACAUCCCGGUCUCGGACAACCCCAACACCUCGACUAUCUCGUCAGCGAUCCGUACGCCCAAACGCUGAACACUCUUCAUCAACAUCACUAUAACCAACUGUCGGCCGCGGUUACGGCCGGCCAAAGAAGCGGUGACCUCAGAAGGGACGCCGAGGGCAUACAUGUGACGAACAUGCACGCCUCGUUUCCUUACGACGGUGGUCGAGGUAGCGGAGGAGGUGGUGGCGGAGGUGGAGGUCGAGGUGUCGAAUACGGUGGCGUAAGACGUCCCGACGCCCUUUUACCACCUCCGGGACUCGACCAAACGGACCUAGUUCUACACACCAGCCUCGUUGACGACCCCCAGGUGAGCGAUGAUAACACGAACGUCGACGACGGUGGAUUCAUGAACGAUCUUCCUCUCCUGAAAAGCAUGAAAACGUCGGAGAGGGGUGAAAAAGGGAUGUUAUCCGGCAACGCCCAACCUUCGGAUGUUUUCUGUUCAGUCCCCGGACGACUUUCUCUCCUGAGUAGCACGAGCAAGUACAAAGUCACAGUGGCAGAGGUCCAGAGACGAUUGUCACCUCCGGAGUGCCUCAACGCCAGUCUUUUAGGUGGUGUUUUAAGGAGAGCGAAAUCUAAAAAUGGCGGAAGACUUCUGAGGGAAAAGCUGGAAAAAAUUGGGCUGAAUCUACCCGCUGGCAGGAGGAAGGCAGCCAACGUUACGCUUUUAACUUCGAUGGUGGAAGGAGAGGCUAUACACCUCGCUAGAGAUUUCGGAUACGUGUGCGAAGCCGAAUUCCCAGCGAGACAAAUCGCGGAAUAUCUUUGUCGGCAACACUGCGAACCACAGGACUCUUACAGACGAAAAGAGGAGCUACAUGCCGCAAAACAAGUCACCAAAGAGCUGAUGGAUCUUUUAAACCAGGACAGGUCGCCUUUGUGCAAUACCCGACCACCGCACAUCCUAGACCCGAGUAUACAGCGACAUUUGACGCACUUUUCUCUGAUAUCGCACGGGUUUGGCAGUCCGGCGAUGGUAGCAGUUCUCACGGCGUUACAGAAUGUACUCGGGGAGUCGUUGCAGCAUAUGGAGAAAAUGUAUCCAGGAAAUGGUAGCGGUGUAACGAGCAGCCAGCAACCGAAUCACGAAGGUAAUAAGAACAAGGACGGAUCGCUGAUGAACGACAUGAAGAAGUGACGCCCGGAAGACCCGCCAACCUCAAACGUGGUCACCUCGAUCAGACACUCAUGGCCCUACAACUAACGCGCACAAAAAUAAUGAAAUGAAAAACUGCUAUGUAUCGAUCAGAGAUAGUUAAACGAAAAAAAUAUCAAAAACUGAAGCGUAUAAAAAUUCUCUGAUCGUAUGUAACGGAAGAAACGUUGAUUAGUUGAACAAAAAAAAAAACAAAAGAAAAGACAAAGAAAAGUGAAAUCAAACGAAUAGUGCACGUACAUACAAUUAAAGGGUUUAUGAGGAGGUCAAUGGCCUUGAGAGAUCACUGAACAAAAAGGGGUUGGCAGGUCUGCAGAGUAAAUGGAGGGGAAAAAAAACAAAGACUCUAUAUAGUUUUUCUGUAUUUUUUUUCUUUUCUCCUUAGACAAAUUUCCGGGCACAGUCCGAACUAAUGGAUCUAUGAAAUUAACAUAGUGCUGCGGCUAGAGUCAGUCGUACGUUCCUGGACAGCCCACACAACGCGGAUACACGGUAUCUGUAACUAUCCAUGACAAGAACAGAGAGACUUGAUCCUGUUCAAAUUUAACCGUCGGUUUUUAUCAUUAUGACCAUUAGGAGAAGAACAGAAAAAGAAAGUACCAUGAGAGAGAGAUUGAAGGAACUGUCGUAACUGACUGUUCGUUUCUUCAUUCCGAUACGAGAGAUUUUUAAGACAAGCGAUGUGAAGUGAAGAUGAACCGUCUGUUGAUUGCAAUUUGAUGUUUUUCAUUCAACUUCACUUCGCACGUUCGGAGGCAAGCUAAGUACAUGUCGUUUUCGCAAGAUUGCGAACAUUCGAGGUAGAGAGAAAAAAAAAAAAAAAAGAAAAAACUGCACACAAAAAACGUGGAAACUGCAGACGGUAAAAGCCGUCCGAGAGGCUAUAGUACUUUAUAAUACGCUAUACUUGUAAAACGUUAUCUGUACCGUAACUUUCGGUCCGUAAAAAUCGUUUGGAAAGUGUAAUAAAAUAAGAAACGCUAUGGUGGUGGGAUAUUCAAAGAACAAAUGACAAAAAAUAAAUAUUUAUAUAAUAUACCUAUAUAAACUAAAAAUGAAAAAAAGACAUUGUUCCUUAUCGCGCUGAAAACUUUACAAUCGUAAAUUUCAAUCAACGAGUUUGAUGAAGUAACUUUCAAUAAUAAAUAUUGUAUACAUUGUGCCAACGUGAAACUUGCCAUUUAAAACGUGCCAAUUACGAUGAUGACGAUCAGAGAGUAUGGGGAUAUUUACGCGUAUACAAAAAUAUUCACUAUGUGAGUGCGAAGAGGCGUUCGCUUGCGAAUAGCGAAGCGCUAAAAAUGAAACGCAAUAUGAUAGCAUAUACCUACCGAUAUGUAUAUAAUAUACUUGAGAAAGUGUGUAUUGCCAGGUAAUGAGUAAGAGAAAAAGAGAGAGAAAAAAAAUCGUUAGAAAAAAAUCGCACAGGUACUAAAACUCUUUUAUGUGUAUAGAAUGAUGAUGAAUAUGAAUAACGUCGAGAGUACUGGAUGAUGAUUUAAAUGCGAUAAGAUAAAGAAAAAAGAGGAUUAAAUGAAAUAUAUGUAUAAUGAAAAAUCGUAUCAAGUACAACGUGAUCAGGAGAUCCUGAGACAUAUCUAACUUUGUAACUAAACAUUAGAUUCGUAAGUUUUAAGUUAGAAACUUGAGAGCAUUUGAUGUUCCCAAAAUGUGUCAGAGCAUUUGAAUCUUUCUUGUGAUGUAAUCAUAUAUAAUUAAGGCAUACGUUAAUAAUGAAAAAAAUAAAAUAAAAUAAAUAUAAAUGCUAUACCCACAUUCCAUGUUUUCAUUAGGGAUGGUAUUAUAAAUAUAGAGAAGUGUACAACUCGAGAUUACUUUAUAUAUUAUAUAAAACAUAAGGGUAUAUAUCAAGACGCCAUGUUUGAUUCCGAUAUAACGUACUCACCGAUCCUGAAUGGAAUUUAUAUAUAAUAAAAUAUAAAUACAGAACUAAUAAUAUUAAUAGCAGAAAUUUAUGAAUCGAGUACUAGCGGAUCGAAGAGUGGGAUAUUGAGUAGAAAUGUAUAUGAUAUUAGAAUGAAGUAAGGGGAGGUAAAAGAGAAUGAGAGAAAUAAUAAAAAUUUUAAUUAUAGAAUUAGCAAAAUGAUUUUCAUCUCAUUGUGUCGCUUAAAAAUUUUGUAGAGUACAACUUUUUCUUUAUCUCAAAUCUUUUUUCCCCGACGUUUUUUCUUUCCAUCGAUCGUCACCGUAGGAUAGAUUAGAAAUGUAACGAUAUAAAAAUUUUAAACUCGAUUAGCCUGACUACGUAAUAAUAAUGAUAAUUGAAUAGGCUUCGGUCAAGCAUGGCGCAUGUAGUUUGAUAAGUUAGACGAAAAAAACUCUGACCUUAUUUUCACUCGCAACUAAUUAUUAAUAUAAUUAGAAAUCUAUAGAUUUUAAGGCCCGUAAAUUAAAUAAAUAUACUUGAAAAAGAAUGAAAAGAGAAGAAAAAGGAAAGCAAACAAUACUGAAAAAAUUGACAAAAAAAAAAAUAAAAAAAUACUUAUUUAUAACCGUUAUACAUAGAUAUGCGUAGAAAUGAUCUUUUCUACCAGAAUUUCUGUGCCAACUGUGAAGGAAUGUUGUCGACGAUUACUUUUCGCAAUCAAGCAUCGUUCUAAUCUUGUAAGAUACUCGGAUUUAUCUGUAUGAAAUAUAUUUGAAUUUAGUAGUAUAUUAUAUUCUGAUAAUAAUACGGUUCAUUUUUGUAUAUCGGUGUGUGAUAAAUAAAUAAGAAUAUUGUUUCUUAAGUAAUAUAAAUCCUGAUUAACAAAUUCAAUUUAGGUUCUCAGCUAUUAUAUAAAAUUUCACAAAUAACACAGACAUAUGGACGUCAUUUACUUGCACCGUAUUUUGCACCGCUGUGAGCUAAACUCAAAACUGUCGCACGACUCACAUUUCAAUUCCUUAUAUUUCCCUCGUCAUCGAUUAUUUUUAGAAACGACAUGUGAAAAGGCAAAAACACGAUGAUAGCACUGCCUUGUCCCAUGACCACUUCAUCUAAUCGUCCAACUUGGUUAUUAACUACUUUCUGUCCCGUCAAACUAAAUCUAUAAAGUCAACCGCGAUUUAUCAUCGAUUUUAAUUGACAGUUUAGUUCUAGGAAUAAGAAGAAAAUUAUGUUAAUUGACAAUGCUACCACUUAUACCUACUUUACAUUAUUAAUGCUCACGUUAUUAUAUUAUGUUUCUUCCCAUGUAAAUAUAUCAAAUUACUAUGAGUUAUAUAUAAAUACAUACCUAUAUACAUAUAAUUUAUAUCGUAAAUGACGCAAAUUUAAGCAAUGUAAUUUCAGUAUUUGCCAAUAUUGUUUUUAUAAUAAAUGAGAAAUCUACUGUU